AUACUUUAGAAUAUUCUUCUAUCCUUAGAAUAUACUUUAGAAUAUUUUAGGAAUAUACUCUAGGAUAUUAUUAUUGUAUAGAAUCUUAUAGGAAUAUUCUAUCUUUGUAAUGUAUAUUUAUAGGGACUUAACCCUCCAAUGAAAUACACAGAAAAUCUUUCUCUCCAUCUUUAUUAUCAUUAUAGUUUAUGUUUCAACAUGGUAUCAGAGACAUCUAUUUCUGUUUAGAUUUCAUAUUUCAGUUUAGUUUUCAGAUUCAAUUUAGUUUGCAGACUCGGUUCUUUCUCAAAGAACCUGAGUUCAGUUCAGAACCUCUGUGCACCACUAUCACCAAGAAACUCAAUCCAGAACAGAACCUCUCUACACACCAUCGCCAUUAACCAGACCCUCUAUUCAGAACCUCAGUUCAAACAAAUUCAGAAUCUAGGUAUCAAGCAAACUACCCCCAUCUCCGCCUGGUCCAACCAUUUCCCCGGUGAAAUUCCGACUACACCAUUCCUGCCGUCUCCAACCAGGCGUUGACAGUUCGCUGCUCCAAAUCUACGCUCGUCAGCCACCCGGGAGUAUUAGCAGCCGCCCGCGCGUGACACACCUUCUCUGGCCAGAGACUUGGUCGGGAUUUUCCCACAUAUUCGCCUGAGAGUCUUCUACCACCAGGUAUCAUUUACUUCAGCAAAGGAACGAAUAUUUGUGGGAGGAAUUCUUGCGGUUGGUCGCUGGGGUCUGGCAUCGGACAUCCGCAUGAUUCUUCGCAUCUGCUGGGGUCUUGCGCGGUGGGUCUCCCAUCGGAUCUCUAGCGCAUCUUUUGUUGUGUUUGGAGUCCGUAGCAGUCAACGCGCAUGAGCCAGUAAAUUAGAUACGGAGUAUUUUAUUUUCCAGCUUUUGAGUCCACAAAACGGGAAAGCUGCUAGGAGUAAUAUGCAAUUACUGUAAGAAACCCGGGCACUUGAUCAAAGAAUGUAGAAAAUUGCUGUUCAAAAAUCCAGGAAAUCAGCUUGCUCAUGUUGCUUCCGCUACCAGUUCAUCUGAUGGAUCAGUUGCUAUUUCUUCAGACCGUGGGUCAUUGACUCAGGUGCCACAGAUCAUAUGACUGGUAAUCCUAAUUUAUUCUCAUCAUUUCAUUCAUAUUUACCUACUUCUACUGUCACUUUGGCUGAUGGGUCUACCUCACCUGUUCUUGGAUCCGGUACUGUUGUCCCAACUUCUACAUUACCAUUAUCACCUGUUUUGAGUCUUCCUAAUUUUGCAUUUAAUCUGCUUUCCAUCAGUAAAAUCACACGUACUCUUAAUUGUCCUGUUACAUUUUUUCCUAGAUAUUGUGUGUUUCAGGAUUUUUUGACAAAGCAGAUCAUUGGUAAAGGACAUGAGUUGGCUGGUCUUUAUAUUUUGGAUACAUCAAUCACAAAAGGUAUCUCUUGUCUUGGGGUUGGAAAUCUAUUAGAAGCUCAUUACCGAUUAGGACAUCCCUCUCUCUCACUAAUGAAACAAAUAUAUCCUCAGUUUAAUAAGGUGUCAUCUAUACAAUGUGAGUCGUGUGAAUUUGCAAAACAUCAUCGUACUAGUUUAAGUCCUCGACUUAAUAAACGAGCAAAUGCUCCAUUUGACCUUGUUCAUACUGAUGUUUGGGGGGCAUGUCCUAUUGUGUCCAAAUCUGGUUUCAAAUAUUUUGUUACGUUUGUUGACGAUUACUCUCGUAUGACAUGGUUAUAUUUUAUGAAACGUCGAUCAGAAUUAUUUACUCAUUUUUUCUGCAUUUUGUGCUGAAAUUAGAACUCAAUUUAAUGUUCCUGUUCGUGUGUUGAGGGGAGACAAUGCCCAAGAAUAUCUCUAUGCUCCAUUUAAAUCUUUUAUGCUUCAAAAUGGCAUUAUUCAUCAAACCUCAUGUGUAGACACACCUCCUCAAAAUGGAGUUGCUGAAAGAAAGAAUCGACAUCUGUUGGAAACUGCAAGGGCUCUUUUAUUCCAAAUGAAUGUGCCUAAACAGUUUUGGGCGGAUGCCGUGUCUACGGCAUGUUUUUUGAUAAAUCGAAUGCCAUCUUCUGUUUUGAAUGGUAAAGCUCCUUAUCAUUGUCUAUUUCCAAACAAAGAGCUUUUUCCUAUCCCACCUAAAAUAUUUGGUUGCACUUGUUUUGUUAGAGAUGUUAAUCCUCAUCUUACAAAGUUAGAUCCCAAAUCAUUAAAAUGUAUUUUCUUGGGUUAUUCUCGAGUCCAAAAGGGGUAUAGAUGUUUUUGUCCGAGUACUGAUCGGUAUCUUGUUUCUAUUGAUGCAUCAUUUCAUGAAAAUACACCUUUUUCAUCAUCUAAGGCAGAUAUUCAUGAGAGUAAUGAUGAUAUACUCAUUUACACGAUGACUAUUCCCGAGUCCACACUUUCGACAAAUAUUCCACAAGUUACUGUUCCUGACCCUAGGCCUCCCGGACAUUUGGUAUACACCCGUCGACACAAAGCACCUGAUCACCCUCCACCGGCGAUACCUGUGAUUACUUAUCCUGAUACUAGUUCAACUCCGAUCUCAUGUCCUGAACCAGUACCUGCAUCUUCAGAUCUUGUCUCCACAUCAGAUCUUGACCUCCCAAUAGCACUACGUAAAGGUACACGGUCUUGUACUCAUCCUAUUUCUUCAUUUGUGUCAUACAAUCAGUUAUCUCCUGCUUCAUGUUCUUUUAUUGCUUCCAUUGAUUCUAUUUCUGUUCCCAAAUCUGUCAAAGAAGCUUUGUCUCAUCCUGAAUGGCGUCAUGCCAUGGUAGAGGAAAUGAAUGCUUUAGAUCUUAAUGGUACUUGGGAUUUGGUUGACUUGCCUACAGGGAAGAAAUCUAUUGGAUGUAAGUGGGUCUUUGCUGUUAAGGUUAACCCAGACGGAUCUGUUGCUCGGUUGAAAGCCCGAUUAGUUGCGAAGGGUUAUGCUCAAACCUAUGGUGUUGAUUAUUCUGACACUUUUUCUCCUCUUGCUAAAUUAACAUCUGUCAGGUUACUUAUUUCACUCGCUGCAACUCAUGAUUGGCACUUACACCAGUUGGACAUUAAAAAUGCAUUUUUGCAUGGUGACCUUAAAGAAGAAGUCUAUAUUGAGCAACCUCCGGGAUUUGUUGCUCAGGGGGAGUAUGGUAAGGUUUGUCGACUUCGCAAAUCUCUUUAUGGUCUGAAACAGAGUCCUCGUGCAUGGUUUGGGAAAUUUAGUCAAUCUAUUGAACAAUUUGGAAUGAUAAAAGGCAAAUCAGAUCACUCUGUAUUUUACAAACAAACAGAAUCAGGUGUCACAUUGUUGUGGUGUAUGUCGAUGAUAUUGUGAUUACAGGGAGUGAUAAUGCAGGUAUUUUGGCCCUUAAGAAUUUUCUUCAUAGACAAUUCCAGACAAAAGAUUUGGGCUCAUUAAAAUACUUCUUGGGGAUUGAGGUUACAAGGAGUAAGAAAGGCAUAUUUCUAUCUCAGCGUAAAUAUGUGCUUGACUUGCUAACUGAAACAGGGAAAUUGGGGGCAAAACCGAGCAAUACUCCCAUGAUUCCUAAUGUGCAGCUCACUCAUGAAGGUGUGCCAUUUGAAGAUCCAGAAAGAUACAGAAGGUUGGUUGGAAAACUUAACUAUCUCGCAGUUACCCGUCCAGAUAUUGCCUACUCAGUCAGUGUAGUAAGUCAAUAUAUGUCAUCUCCGACAGUUGAUCAUUGGAAUGCAGUAGAGCAUAUAUUAUGUUACUUGAAGGGGACACCAGGACGAGGUAUUGUUUACCAAAAUCAUGAUCACAUGAGAAUAGAAUGCUUUGCAGAUGCUGAUUGGGCUGGAUCUAAAGAUGAUAGGAGAUCCACAUCUGGCUAUUGCGUCUUUGUUGGUGGUAAUCUCGUCUCUUGGAAAAGUAAGAAGCAAAAUGUGGUUUCUCGUUCGAGUGCUGAAUCAGAAUAUCGGGCUAUGGCACAAUCGGCAUGUGAGAUAAUCUGGAUAAACCAUUUGCUGAGUGAAAUCGGAUUGAAGACACCAAUGCCUGCUAAACUGUGGUGUGAUAACCAAGCUGCUAUACACAUUGCCAACAACCCAGUGUUUCAUGAGAGAACAAAACAUAUUGAGGUUGAUUGUCACUUUGUUCGAGAAAAGAUACAACAAGGAUUGAUCUCUACAGGAUAUGUGAAGACUGGAGAGCAACUUGGAGAUUUGUUCACUAAAGCAUUAAAUGGAAUUCAUGUUGGUUAUUUAUGUAACAAGUUGGGCAUGAUAAAUAUCUAUGCUCCAACUUGAGGGGGAGUGUGAAAGACAUUAGAAUAUACUUUAGAAUAUUCUUCUAUCCUUAGAAUAUACUUUAGAAUAUUUUAGGAAUAUACUCUAGGAUAUUAUUAUUGUAUAGAAUCUUAUAGGAAUAUUCUAUCUUUGUAAUGUAUAUUUAUAGGGACUUAACCCUCCAAUGAAAUACACAGAAAAUCUUUCUCUCCAUCUUUAUUAUCAUUAUAGUUUAUAUUUCAACAAUUCACAAUGUCCAAUGGAGCAGAAGUUAUACUAUCGUAUAAAUUAUUAAAUUUUAUUAAUGUAAAAAUAUCAUAAUUAUUUAUAAAUAAAGGCAGUUUGCGGGGAUGAUUCCUGACAACAGCCGAGCAAGUGUGA